CUUAUGUCAGACGAAGACCCAUAUAAAGAUGAUGAUCUUGAUAAAGGAGACAAUCCUGAUGAUGAUAAUAAAGAUUAUCCAGAUGAUUUUAAAGAUGAAUAAGAUAAUAAUGAAGAUGGAGAUUUCGUAGAUGAUGGAGACAAUCCUAAAGAAGAUGAUGAGUAAUAUAUUUAGUAUUUAUUAGAUAUAGUCUUAAAAAUAAUGAAAUAGCUGGUGGUCUUAAAAUAACUAUUGAUGAAUAGGGUUUAGAUGACAAUUAGAAAUUAAGAAAGUUGAAAGAUUUAUUGGGAUAACAUGUUUAAUAGGUUUAAAAAUUAAGAAGGAGAAAUAAUAAUUUAAGAACAUAACUCAAAAAAUUAGGAGAUAAGGCUGAAAAAUUAGUCUAAUCUAAUGUUAGGAAAUAAAAAUUAUAAGAGUAAAAAUUAGAUCCAAAACAUAAUCAUUUAGCUGAAAAGAAGAUCUUAUAUGAAAUUAAAAAUAAUAAUAAAUCUAUAAAAGAUUUUGCUGAUAAGAUAGAUUCAAGAAUAUGUAAACUAAUUAUAAAUAUUAUUAAGUGGAUAAAUUGAUUACUAUUGAUAAAAUGGAGUAAUCCAAUGCAUUAUUGAGAGAAUAGAUUAAGGCAUUAAAAGAUAGGAAUAAAAAUUUGGAUUAAACUGAAGAGGUUAAUAAACUUAGUAAUGAAAUUAUUCUUGUAGAGAAAUAAAUUGCUGAUGAGGAAAGACUUAAUAGAAAAAUGUUUUUAAUUAUAAGGGAGUAAGAAGUAGAACUGAAAUAAUAAUAAAUUGAUUGUGAUUAUGAAGGUAGAUUGAAUAAUUUAAAAGAUUAAAUUAAAUAAUUAAAAGAUAAUAUUAAAGAUUCAUAGAAAGAAGAAUUACAUUAAACAAGAAAAGAGAUUGAAAUGAAUAAUUACUUUACGGAACUUAAAAAAAUGUAUUUAGUAUAUUUAUAUAUAAAUAGUUAUCGUUCUAUGUGUAAUAAAUUAAAUAAACCAUGUGAAGAGAAGGAUUAUUAUUAUAAGCCAGAUGAGUAGGAUAAUAAUAGUAAUUCAAUAAAUUAUGCACAAAAAAUAUAAAAAGAUAAUUAGAUGGAAUUUUUAAAGUAAAAGAAAAAUUAAAAAAAGCCAGAAGAGAAUGAUGAAUUGAAUAAAGCAUUGAUGGAAUUUAAAAAAGAUAAUUAGAAAUUUUAAGAACUUUAAAAUGAUGUGUUGAAAUUACAAUAAGAAAUAGAGAAGAGAGAGAAAUUAACAUUAUAAGAUAGGAAAUAAUAAAUAGAAGAGUAUUCAAAAUUGAGUGAAGAUGUAGGAUAAUUAGCAAAAUAAUUAAAAGAGAAAGAAGUUUAAACAAAAUCUACGGUUACUAAAUUAAAUGAUUUACAAAGAUAGUUAUAAUUGUUAGAUAAAAGAUAAGUAUAAGAAUAAAUACAGAGUACCUAAUAGAAACCUGAGAGUAUUAUGUUUGGAAUAGAUAAAAAGACAGAGACAUGUUUACCAUUUGAUGAUUCUAAGAAUUUAGAUUGGACAGCAAAUAUGCCAAUAAAUUAAAUAGUAGUUUGUAAAAAUAGUAAAAAUGAUUUAAUUAUUGGUUUGGAAUUGUCAUAUGGAAAUGCGGAAAGUAAAGAAGAAUCAAAGAUAACUAAACAUAUAGGAUUAUAAGAAGGUAGUAUUGGUAAGGAAUCAAUUAAUAUCACAAAUGAAGAUAAAUUGAGUUAUAUUUCUGGAUUUUAUAACUAAGAGUAGAUAAUAUUUUUGAAAUUUGAAACAAGCAAGAAGAGAAUAAUAUAGGUGGGUAAUAUGAAAUAUAAAGAUAAUUAUACAAAAGAUUUUCGUAUUGAAAUUAAAGACAGAGAGAUAUUAGGAUUUAAUGGGAUUUUAGAUUAUACAUAAGGUAAUACUCUAUUUAGAUAAUUAGAAUCUUAAAAUCCAUCUGAAAGAUAUUUAGUAGCAAUAGGUUUGAAUUUAAAGUAAAAGGAAUUAGAUAUAUCAACAAAAAAGAGAUUAAAAAAAUAGAAAAUGUUAGAAGAAUAGGAUAAAUAAAGAGUUCCUGUAGAUUAUAGAAAAAUAACAUAUCCAUUUAAAAAGAAUAAUCCAAAACAUUUAGAAUUAAUUAAAUCUUAACCUAAAUUAGAAGUUUCUGUAUAUGAUGAAGAUAAAGGUAACGAAAUAAUUAAUAUAAAUAGUUAAAUUGUAUUAGAAAGAGAAGGAGAGAUAUUUAUAAGCAUAAAGAGCGUAAUUGGGUUUAUCAUCAGUAAAGUAAUUCAGUCCUUCAACAUAUAAAAAAAAGGAAUAUUAAGAGGAAGAUUAAAAAGUAUAUUUAUUAUGAUAUUGAAUAAUAGAGAAAAGAAAUGAGCGAAUAAAGAAAGGUGAGAGUAGAAUAGAAGAGAGAAGAAAUUAAAAAUAGUUUAACUUUGCCAGGAAUAGAUUAAAAGACUCCAUAAGAUAAGGAUAAGAAAGGAGGGAAUGCCUAAAAAACUAAUAGUCCAUAAAAACAAUAGAAAUAAGGAUAGAAAUAGGGAUAAAAGGAGGCUCCAAAAAAAGAUGAUUCUAAAGCUAAAAAAAAAUGAAUAAUUUACAAAUUUCAACACCUUCAGC